AUGUGGUUCGAGAACAUCACAAGGGACCUCGGCGACUUCACCAGCAGCCUUGUGCAAGACACAAGGAGCCUCGCCAGCGUCGUGUCGCGGUUUGCUGCAGAGGUGGCGGGACAGGACAUGAACAUCGCCGGCGACGAGGACUCCCUGCUGGCGCGGGACUGCCCACUCAGUGAGAACACCAUUCACGCUCUCCAGGACAACGACGCGGUGUACCUCGAGGAGCUGCGCGACGCGGACGAGAAGGCACAGUUUGAGGAGUGGGCGCGCCGCAGCGUGUACAGCACCGCCAGCAUGCACGCACAGGACCACGGCGACCGCUCCAAUAGCAGUAGUGACGAGACCGCUCUGACGUGCCGGCAACGGCUGCUCGACUGCAACGCUCUGGUGAGGAAGAAGUAUGCGAUGUUCGUGCAGGUGAACGGGGAGCCGCAGAACGGGCAGGAGGCACCAUUGCCGCCCACGCAGGACAGCAGCAGCAGCAGCAACAGCAACAACAAGAGCAGCGACGCCACGAAUACUGACAUCAAGAACAGCGACGACGGCAGCGCGGGGAAGCCCUCCGCCACUCUCCCCGACUCACAGCAAAUCCCGGAGGAUGUCUUCUUCGACCGUUACUUCUUCCGUCUCUCGCAGCUGCGCCUCCGCACCGCUGAGGCACGGCGGAAGCGCGAAGAAGAGGCUGCUGCUGCUGCAGCAGCAGCAGCAGAGCGGCGCCGCGAUGAGCAGCUCAAGACAAAGAGCUUAGCCGAGCGCAUCAUGGAGGCGACGGACGAGCUUGUUGGCUGGGAUGACGAGGCGGCAGACGGUGGCAGCGGCGAAGCGCAGCAGCGCAGCAGCGCCCGCACCGAAACAAUGUGGCGUGAGCAGGAAGAGACGAGGGAGGCGCUGGAGUGCGUUGUGCAUCUGCUACAGACGGAACUCGCCGAUGCGCGGCGGAAGUUGGCCGCCGUGCUCAGUGCGGCUCACCAGUGUGGCCUGCGCGAGGAUCAGCUGCAGCUGCUGGAGAAGGCGGCGGGGGCGUCCGGCUCGGAGCGUGUAGAGGAGAAGAAGACGGCUGCGGCUGCCGUCGCGGGGGAGGCGACGGCGACGAACGCGAGCUGCGACAAGAGUGGAAACGUUGACAGUGACAACGAAAGCAGUAACACGGACACUAACACCGUCAGGAAUUGCAACAGUAACAACAACAAGGGCGGCCGCACCAUCAACGACGACAACGACGACGACGACGACGACGACAACAACAACGCCAAUGAGGCGGAUGCGGGUGUGGAGGCGGGUCAGGAGAUGCCGCUUCCAGGGGCGCUGCCGCAGCCUGGGAGUGGGUCCAGUGAGCAGCGCUCCGUGGCCAGCAGCCACUCAUUGUCCACCGAAAACGACGGCUGGACGAAUGUGUAA